ACGAAGGAACUUGGUGCUGUUGCCGCUGCAGGCGUUUCGUCGCCGCACCACGCGUUCCCCGUGACUCUGGCAAAUCACAUCCGGCCGUGGAGAAGAGGAAAUCGUGCGCGCGGACACUCUCGCGGGCAGAUCAGCUUCGGCCACGGUCACGUGCACCAGCAGCACGUCCAGUUUCGGAAAGUGUUUUGCUGUCGACGCGGGAAAAUUAGAAUUCCACGGGACGCGGACGGUUUCCGUGCCAGUUGUUACCACGCGAUACUGAGUGAAAAUUAUACCUGAUACGCUUGCGUGGCUACCCGUGGAUACUGCUGAGUUUACUACUGUUCGACGAAACUACAAAAAAGAAGAGAGACAAAAAAAGAAAAAGAAAGGAAGAGGAAGAAAAAAAACGACCAAUCGAGAGUGCGUGCACGAGUGCAGCUGUUUCACCGUGGGAUCGAAACAUUCGGAGCUAACGAACAGAACAAUCUUCGUCGUUAGAACGCCAACAAGCAGGAGCAGAACGACAGCGAAGUUCCGCGUAACCAAGCUGCAGCAAUCAAGACGUAUCGGAGACGAGCGAGUUAUAGGUUGUUACGACGUGGUGAACGUUUAUGGGAUCGUACGUGUAACGAGCAUCCUCGCGUCGUAAAACGCUGUCCACAUAGGAAAUGGACGGGGACGCAAGGUACGCGAGAAUGACAUUUCAAUGAUCGUGGAAAGCUGGUAGCCGACUGCAGAAGCGGAAGAAACCGGCCGAAGAACGAUGGUUUACAGAGGCAGUUUGCAGACCGACGAUCCGAGAGAUGCACCGAGGCUGGUCAGAAUGUCACCGUUGCGAACCAGCAGGCCGCCGAGCAAUCCCGUGGCCAAUUCACGAGCGGCUUCCUCCGUUAAUAGUCCGGUGUAUCACGGCCCGUUUGUGCCAGCAAUCGAUGUUCAUCAAGCUAAAUUGAUCGAUGAAAGACGUUUGGCUCGUGAAAGGGACAUCGCGUCCAUGGAGAAGGUUAUUAUGAGGACCACCGGCCUCAAGAUCGGCGCGCCGCGGCUACGGAACAUCAGUCAGAUACGAGACACGGUGUUCGUCGAUCCGGCUCUGAUACCGAUGGAGAAGAUCGGCCGGGUGGAGAAGGAUCGGCCGAGAACCAUCGCGGUCGACAGUUCCAGCAGAUCGGCCAGAACGCAGAGCUCCAUGUUGGCCGACUUGAAGGAUUUGGAAAGGCUGAGGAACACGCCGUCGGCGCAGAGGUGUUCCAGAGUGGCAACGAGAAACGAAACGAAGUCCUCGUCGUCCAACAAGAGGACGGAGCUCUCGAGCACGACGAAAAUUCGUUCGGACAUUUUCAAGAUACAACAGAUGUUUCAAAGUCCCGACAGCUCGCCGAGGACCGUGGUGAAGUGCUCGACCGAGAUGAAGAACGAGAAGAGAAACGAGACGGAGAAACACGAGAGAAAACCCGGGACGGAAAUUAACAAAACGAGAUUACUCGCUCAGAAGCUGUUGGAGGCGUCACGGAACAAUCGGGAGUCGCUGAAGGAUCGAUACAAUAAUCCAAAGAAUGCUUCGAAUCUGAGAGCUGGCAAGGAGGUGAACGGCAGGGUGUCGAGCAAAGCGCCGCAGAGGAACAGCGUGGACCCUAAGCAAUCGGAGAGGGGAAAAAAUCCGACAGUGUCCGAGGAUGUACAUCCACGACCUCCGGCCCGAAGAAGGAGGGAGUCGAAGAACAGAUGUGGCGGCGAAUCGCGCGCGAAUGGCGCCAUUGUCGACGACGCUAUGAGGAACGACACUCUUGAAAACGAGACGAAGGACACCGAAACUUCGGAGAAAGAGGUUGAAACAUCGUCAAACCUCGACCACUGUCCGAACGUCGCCAAUGCCACGGAAGACUCGAAGACGAAACCGAAGGAGCUCGACAGGCCGGACAUUCUUGAUGGAUUGUUGAAAGAGUCUGAUCAACAAAUGGCCGAUCUGAAGUCGGACUUGCACGAAAGAAGAAGAUCACGAAGUCAUUGGAGAGGGUUCGUGCAGUCGAUGAGAUUACACGAUGUCGAACUUCAUUCGGACAGCGAAGAUCAACGAAAAGACCUGAAUUUAUGGAACAAGAGCAUCAGUCAACGAUGGAGGAAGCUGAGGAGGAGGUGUUCCGUUCAGGAGACCUCGGAACCUCAGGAGGCUCUCAUACAAGGUGGAACGACCCAGGGGGUUAUUCAACCGAUAAGGUCCAGUUCGGCCAGCAGGGAGUCCUCGCCUGCUGCCAAGAGCCUCCAGGACGGCAGCUCGCCGAAGAAAUUGUUACAAACAAGCUCCCUGAGAUUGCCAGGCACCACCAAGGGUAUAGCCGACAUUCAGCACGUAUUACGAAGCAAAUUCAGCAAGAUAAACGCUGGCAUCCGAAAGAGGAAGGCUCUGAGCGUGACCGAGGUGUUCUCGCAGAAGGAUAACGCGUCGAAUUUCUACGUGCCCAGCCCCUUGACCUCCUCGAGUAGUCAAAAGUUCGACGGGGAAUACGACUCUGGCGAGCCGACUUCCCUUCCGCCGUAUCCGUUCCACGACAAUCUCGAGACGCUGGCAGAGGGUAGCGUGCCGAAUUCACCGAACUGCAGCAACAGCCCGCUGACCAGCAACAGCAACAAGACGUUCACGUACUCGCGGAGCAGCAGCGCGUACGACUCGCCGGUCCUCAGUCACGAUCACAGCCAGAAGGACGCAUACGAGAACGUUUUGUACACGAGCUCUUCGUCUCCCGGCUGUUGCCCGAGGUCCAGGGGCGUGUUACAGCGCAGCAAUUCCGAGAAUCGCGACGCUGGCCGACAUCAGGACCACUCGUACGAGAACGUGCGUUUCCAGCGUGGCCACAGAUCGGAACUGACGCCGUCCGUCACUCCACAUUCCGACAGGCAUCUGGCGAGAAGCAACUCGGAGACGAGGGACCAUCACUCGUACGAGAACGUCCACUUCCAAAAGAGCUCGAAGCCAAGGAAUCAGCCCGACUCGUCGUUCGAGGAGAUUCACAUACCGAGGGUGACGCCGAGGAAGAGGAUGACCGAUUUCAAAGUCGGCGGACAGGUGAACAGUUACUCGAACGGGUCUGGCUCUCCGGGCACGAACAAGGAAGACGGGCCGUCCAGCUUGGGGGCUGAGAGGAGCCCUGGCAAGAAGACGACCAGACGAAUGAACAGCAGGAGCGUCGCCAAUAUUCCUAGUUCCUCCGGUUCCGGCUUGAAGACUUGGCAAGGUACGCAAGAUACGGACGAAGGCCUGAAUACCGACUCCGAGCUCGAAGACAUCGACGAAGCCGGCGAGGGUGAAGAGUCGAGAUUCUGCACCCUACCAAGGCCAGGCAAGGGUGGCGCGUCAUUCACGAUACUGACAGCCAGAUUUCUAAAGGGUCCUGGACACAAAGGACUCGGCUUCAGCAUCGUCGGCGGUACAGACAGUCCCAGAGGGAAUAUGGGAAUCUACGUAAAGACGAUCUUCCCUAAUGGCCAGGCGGCCGAUCUUGGUACCGUCAAAGAAGGGGACGAAAUUUUGUCGAUAAAUUCGAAACCUCUUCACGGUAUGACGCACGCUGAGGCGAUCGCUGAGUUCAAGUCCGUGAAAGCUGGGGACGUGGUUCUGCACGUUGGACGUCGCGUCAGCAGAAAGAAGAGGGACUCGCUGACGUUACCACCUGCCGGCCCGGCUCCUCCUCGUCAGCAAGUGAAAUGAAUCGUUGAUCUCUUUCCACUUUCAUUCCGCGUGAAAACGUUUUUGUUUUCCAUUCAAGCGCUAACGUAGCUCGCAUCUUUGAACCAGAUGCCUUCCUCCUUUAGGCAAUGUCGUUCGUUUGUCACUAUUGAUAACGCUGAUGACUACGUUGAUUCCGUUCUAUGACGAACCAAUCUCGAUUUUUAUUUUUCGCUUGUACUCGGUUUGUUAUUUAAACAUUCGUUGUUCGAGGUCUGAUGGAGAAUACGUUUUUUCGUCGUGCGACGAAAGCUGUUGAAAGCUGUGAACUAAAGAAACGUCGCUGUUGAGACGAGAGAUUGCCUGUCUUCGCAUAAACGUUUGCAAAAGUUCAACAGAUUGAACUCUCGAGAGAUAUUCCUGUCUAUUAUCGCGGUAACGAGGAUCGUAUCGUCGUUCGAAUUAAAGAGGUGAGACGAAUGUAACGAGCUGUCGACAAAUCAAAACAAUGUAGUCCUAUGAUAUCGUGUACUAUCUACUCGUAUUCGAUGUACCAACAUAUCUAAUCUCGAUAACCUCUAAUCGUUCUUCCAAUAAUCACCGUUAAUUGUCAUCGUAAUUACUGUUGGCGUUGUAACAGCCGCUACCAGGCUCUAGCUUUCGUACAUUUUCUCGUAUAUCGGAAACUUUUUACAAGCGAGGAGAGUGUAUUUUUGUCGAAGAUUUUUAGCCGGUCGGAGCGAAGUUCUAUUUUUUCAAAGCGAUCUUGAUGUCGAGUCGUGAAGAUCCGAGUCCUCCGGCUAGUCUAGCAGAUUGCAAUUUAUUUUUGUAACGCGCGAGCCGUCACGGGAGGGAACGUAGCUCGAAACUGUCGCACGAAACAUCGAACGCACCUAUCGUUGACCUGUCGACGAAUCGAGAGAAGAAAAAUAAGAGGGUGGCGGAGUGAAAAAAAAAAAGUAGAUGACGUAGAAAAAGAGCGACGUUCGCUCGGAACGCUGCGAUCUCUGAAACGGCCUGAACGAAUGGGGACGCGCAUUCAACAGGACGUCCAAUCUUCCGCGAUUUGUUGCGAGCAAGGAUCGAAUUAUUUUUUAACUACCUUUGCAUAGAGUAACGACGAUCGCCCAAAGAUGAAACCCAAAAAAUAUUUUUACUACAAGAAGAACGAGACGCGUAGAAUGGAGAUAUACGCAUACUAUAGAAUUAUAUUAUAUAUAAUAUAUAUAGAAAUAUAUGAAUAUACAUUAUAUAGAAAUAUAUAUAUAUAUAUAUAUAUAUAUAUAUAUAUAUAUAUAUAUAUUUUUUUUUUUUGACGAAUAUCGAACGAGACACGUUUGUUUCAAGGCGAUGAAAUUAUUAUUGUUAUUAGUAUCUAGUCCGUCUGUAAUAUCUUUCGUUUCGAUUCUUUUCCUUUCCUCUCUUCUUUUCUUUUCUUUUCUUUUUUUUUCUGCUCUUUUCUCUCGUUUUAUAUAGCUAUCGAUAUCGGGAAACAAACGAGAAAAAAAAUAUAUAUAUAUAUAUAUACACACACACAUACAUGUAUCUAUAUGGUGAUAUACAUACGAUUAUAUAUUUCUUAUAUCGAUUUUUCAAGGUGUAACGAAGCCAACGUGAGCGAUCAAUAAAUUGCACUUGAAGGUAUCGCCUGUUCGGACGAAGUUGCUUCCCGAACAUAUUAUUUUUAUAAUAACACGAUUGUGUUGCGCGUCCGUUUGGGGAAUUCGAGCCCAUGAUUCGCCAAUUGCAAAACUACUUAAAACUACUGAAAAUUUGAAUUCUCUUUGAUACUUUAAUGGAACUUGAAUUUAACGAAACAAACGGCUCGGGAUUCUUCAAGCGCAACGAUAAAUUUCAAUCUCUAAUCUUCAUCAUUCCAUCGUCACGUAUUCUCGGUUUUUAAUGUUUAAGGAAAA